GGUUCCAUCCCAAAAACCGGGCCUGUGUCAUACCUCACAUAUUCAGUAUUAAAUAUCCACAUAUCACUAAACAAAUCCAUUGUUUAUAAGCGAGUAUGUGAUUUAAAUAUACUGCUUUGUGAAGACUAUCGGAGAUGAUCCGGAUGACUGUACUCGGGAUUCUCUGCUGGGUUCAUGCAGCUGCUGCAGGAACUCACUCACUGCAAUAUUCUGCAAUGGCGACCUCAGAAGAUACUGAGCUUUCACAGUUUGUGUUUCUGGUGAUGCUGGAUGAUGUGCAAUACACGUCCUUUAACAGCACCAUGGAUAAACCUGUCCUCCUAACAGACUGGAUGAAUGAGACUAAGGGCCGUGAGUUCUGGGAAAUAAUUCGCUGGCAUAUUAUCAAUGAUCAAAACCUCAUAAAAUGGAGUUUGCAAAAUACAGUCAAGCACUUUAACCAUACUGGAGUUCACACUUAUCAGUACACGGGUUACUGUGAGCUGCAUGAUGACGGGACCAAGCGGGCAUAUUUGAAUCAUGCGUAUGAUGGGAAGGAUUUUAUUAGUUUUGAUGUGGAGACCCUGACCUGGGUCGCUGCUGUGCCGCAGGCUGUCUUCUAUAAAUACAAGCGGGAAAAUGACACAGCACAGCAACAGAUCGUUUUCGACUAUUAUCGCAGAGAGUGUUACCAGUUGCUGGAGUGGUACAUCCAGUAUGGGAUGGAGACCCUGCAGAGGAAAGUCCGCCCUGCAGUGAUGCUGAUACAGAGGAAAGCGCGGGAAUCUGCAGGAACGGACGUCAUUUGCCACGUGACGGGGUUCUACCCCCGAGAGGUUGAGGUGAACUGGAUCAGAGAUGAUGAGGCUGUGCUGGAGGAGGGGGUGUGGAGUGGAGAGGUGCUACCCAAUGAGGACAGAACCUACCAGCUGAGAAAGACCCUGACAGUGAGUCCUGAGGACCAGAAGAAACACAGCUACUCCUGCCAGGUGGACCACGCCAGUCUGGAUGAGAAGAUGGAUGUGAAAUGGGUUCCAGAGGCUGCUCUCAACAUGGGGUUUGUUGCUGCUGGUGUGCUGGCUGCUCUGGGUCUGAUCAUCGCAGUGAUCAUAGGAGCUCUCAUCUGGAAGAAAAGAGCAUCAGGUGCCAGGAGACCUGACUACACACCAGCACAGACAAAGGAACAAAGUGAUGCUUCAUCCAACUCCACCAACGACAGGUGUGACCCCAUUGCAGAGAAGCUGAUGACACAGACAGAAUAAACGACUCAGCUGAGGCUUCAUCUUUUCCACUUCAUUGUGCCUGAUAUUACCACACAGAGCGAUCGCACAAACCAAUAGACAAGGAAGCUGUGUGGCAGCCGUCUGUGUCAAAUUAAGAAUGUGAAGUCAUUUGUAGAAUUAUUUUAUGUCAUGUAUUACUAUUUUACGGAAGUGUUGAAAUGUACAGAAGAUGUUCACUUUUCAGCGUACCUGUAAUAUUUCUGUAAAUAGUAAAUAUAUAUAUAUAUAUAUAUAUAUAUAUAUAUAUAUAUAUAUAUAUAUAUAUAUAUAUAUAUAUAUAUAUAUUAGUGUCACUUCUUUAACUUCUUUCAGUCUAAAAUAAUGUAAUGAGUCAAACUCUCUGAAAAAACAUUCUUUAAAUAACUCAAGUGAAGCUUUCUGAGGAGCAUCUUCAAAUGUGAUCAAGAGUAUCAUGUGAAGCAUAAAUGUGUUUGUGAGGGCUGGGAGCCCCGCACAUGAAAAGAGGGCAGGGCGAAGCUCUGUGUAAAAUGUACUUGUUUUGUAUUUUGCUUUAAAUGUAUUAUUUGUUUAUUUUAGAACAGGGUACCCCUCCGCUGCUGUGCAGUUUAUCAUUUUGUAUUUAUUAUUAUUAUUAUUAUUAUUAUUAUUAUUAUUAUUAUUAUUAUUAUUAUUAUUAUUAUUAUUAUUAUUUUAUUAUUAUUAUUAUUUGUAAAUGUGAGGGUGAAGAGUCGUAGGUUUUGUUUGGCAGCGUGGAUGGGAAGCCCCAUCCACAAUUUUACAACCUCGUGGUGAUGUGUGGCUGUCGCUAGUGCGUUGUUAAACUAGCCGGCAGUCACACAUAAUUAAUAAACUGGUGCAGAUUGUGGCCGAGGGGUAAUAGAAUCAUUACUAGCUAGUUAAACCCCUCGGUGCGGUAUAUAAACCUGCAGCGCUCUCAGUUGGGGGUGGAGAACGCGAGCGAGAGAAGACGUCUGAAACAAAAGAAACUAAGAAACCUAGGAUCAGUGAAGGCUGCUGCCCAGCCUGACUUGUCUUCCUCAGUGUUGGUGAUGUUGUUUUGUUUGAUUUAUUUUUACUGUGUGUUUAUUCUUGUUAUUUAAAUAAACGGCGCUGCAGCGUCUUUGUGCACUGCA